AUGCCUCUCUUCUCGUGUCUCUGGGACCUAUUUAGUGGCGGGAGUUCGACAGCCAAACCUGGUCCCCCAGUCAGCUACCGCUUCGCGCAGUUGACGGAUGUCCACAUCGAGCCCUUCUACAACCCCGAGCGCGGGCACUUGAAGGGAGGCGUUUGCAGAGUUCCGGAGGCCUUUAACAAGUCCAGGUGCAUCCCCUUCGAGGUGGAGCCCGAGGCGGAUGCGUAUCCGCUGGGCAGGCUGAACUGCGACCCUCCGGUGGCCUUGCUCAGGUCGAUCCUUGAGCACAUGGAGCGCGUGGCUCGCACAGACAAGCCGGACUUCGUGCUGUUUACCGGGGACAUCCCCAGCCAUCAGCUGUCGUGCCAGUUCCAUCAAGCACGGACCAUCGAGCUGGUCAUCGAGAUGAUGGCGAAGGGAGUGAAGUCUGUGGCACCACAGCUCUAUCCUGUCAUGGGCAACAACGACUACUUCCCGAACUACAAUGUGUCUCUGGAGCCCAAUAGCCCGUGGCAGCAGUUCGUGGCCUCCCUCUACGGGCGCGAGGGGGUGCUAAGUGGCGAGCAGCUGACGUCCUUCGCCCGAGGCGGCUACUAUUCCGCCACGCCACGGGAUGGUCUGAAGCUCAUUGUCCUGAACACCGUGGUCUGGAGCCAGAAGGUCCUGGAUUGGAAUGGUGCCCCGAAGAAGCACGUGAAGCAUCAUCCCGACAUCUCAGAGGCAGGACUCUACAGGGGCGCGGAUGCCCCUAUGCCCGGCGCCGAUUCCAGCGCUUGGGUCUGGGACCAGGACGUGGCGAGCAAGAAGCUCUUCGUCGACUGCGACGCUCGUCCCGCCGACCCCUACGGGCAGCUCAAGUGGGCCCGCAAGGAGCUGCACCACGCUCGCAGCGCCGGCCAGCGCGUCAUUGUGGCCGGGCACGUGCCGCCGGGCAACAAGGUUGGGAGCAACAACUUCUGCCCGCGGCACUUGAAUGACUUCAGAAGCCUCGUGCAGGACUUUGCGGACAUCAUUGAGGUGCAGCUCUAUGGCGAUCAUUCCAACGACGAGUUCCGCAUGGUGUGGGACGAUGGCCCGCGCCCCCGCGCUGUGUCCUCGGUGUUGGUGAGUGCAGGCGUCACGCCUCGCAAGCACUGCAACCCUUCAUGGAGGAUGUUCGAGGUGUCCGAAGAUCAUCAGGUCUCCGACUUCUCGCAGUAUUUCCUCCGGCUGGCAGACACCGACAUCGAGCUGAACAUGGACCGCCGUUGGAAGAAGCUGCACCGCCUGGGCCGGGACGAGGAGGUCUCCUGGAAGUUCUGGCAGAAGCAGUACUCGUUCCGUGAGCAAUAUGGUGUCGGGUUGGACCCGGAGGAGCUCGAGGAGCUCUGGAAGACUCUGCAGACAGAUCCCAAUCUCCUCCGCACCUACGUUGGCCACAUGUUCUCCCAGACGGUAGGCUCUUACGACUACUUCGACUACAUCUGCGACAUGCGCUACCUUGAUGCCUCGGAGAACGACGCGUGCUCCGCGCUGGGGGCGCUGUUGGAGCCAAAGGAGCGCCAGGAGUUCGCCCAGCCGCUGGCGCUGCUGGAGCCGCCGUCGCAAGCCCAAGCAGCGCGUGCAGAGAUGGGCAACCUCCCCGCCGCCUUGGGAGCAAGCCUGGCGCUCAACGCGCUGCUGGCCGUUGCUUUCCUGUGGAUGGCCCGCAGAAGGCGCUGGUCAGAGCCCGCCUCUUAUGUGGCCCUGCCAUAA